AUGAAAAUCAGCAUCUCCUACAAUCAACCUAAACUUUGUGCAAAUGCAUCGUGGAAUUCCACAGCAAUAACGUUCGCGAACAGCACUGUAGUUGGUACAUAUCUUUUAGGCAUGUUUGUCAAUACAAAUAACAGCGUUUAUGUCGCUAGUUAUUCGAAUGGGAUAAUUCAAGUGUGGCUUAACGGAAGUACCACACUUACAGGCAGUUACUCGGGUGGCUUAUCCCUGCCUUAUAGCGUUUUCGUUACGGACAAUGGUGAUGUUUAUGUCGACAAUGGCAACGCAAAUUAUCGAGUUGAUAAAUGGGGAUGGAAUUCAACAAGUAGUGUUCCAGCAAUGUAUACGUGUGGACAAUGCUACGGUCUCUUUGUCGAUAGCAAUAAUAUGCUUUACUGCGUAAUGGGUGCGUAUCAUCAAGUUGUCUCGAAGUCAUUAGAUACACGUUUAAAUGUAUGGAAUAUUGUCGCAGGUACAGGUACAGCUGGAUCAACAUCGGUUACACUUAAUAAUCCAUGGGCAAUCUUUGUUGAUAAUAAUUUAAACUUAUAUGUGGCUGAUUAUUCAAAUAAUCGAAUUCAAAAAUUUGCAUCAGGACAAUUAAAUGGAACAACAAUAGGAACAGGAGCUAUUAUAUUGGCUGGUCCAACUUCAGUUAUACUUGAUGCUGAUGGAUAUAUCUUUAUUACUGAUAUGAUAAAUCAGCGCCUUAUUGGCUCAGGACCUAAUGGGUUUCGAUGUAUAGCAGCAUGUUCUGGAUCAUAUGGUUCAUCAUCUAGCCAAUUAUACAAUCCACAUGUCAUCAGUUUUGACACCUAUGGAAAUAUAUUUGUCGCCGAUCAAUUCAAUAGCAGAGUGCAAAAAUUUCUUUUGCUACCAAAUUCAUGCAAUGAAACGACAACGGUAACAACUAUGGCUACUGUUACUUCAAUGGAUAGUACACAAUUAGUUCCUUUAACAACAACUACAUCAUAUUCAAAUAGUAUGUAA